UAUAGUCAAAAUCGAUUUUGUAAGAAUUAAUGUCAUAAUAAUAUCAACUAAAAUGCAAGCUUAAACGAAUACUCGAGUAUAUUCGAUUAUUAUAGAUGCUUGGAAACACUCAAUAUCCGCUAUAAAAUUUAGUAUGUGAGAAAUUUUAAUGCUACUCAUGUUUUCACGUCAACUAUUAUCCACAGUUUUAAUAAAACCUCCGAUUCAUUCUUUUCAACAUAAGAAUUUUUUAUCCACAAUGUCUAAUUCUUUUAAGCUUGCAUGUAUUCAAUUAAGUGUUACAGCUGAUAAAACCGUCAAUUUAUUAAAAACGAAAAGCAAAAUUUUGGAGGCAUCUAGAAAUGGUGCUAAAGUUAUUGUUUUGCCGGAAUGUUUUAACUCGCCUUAUGGAACACAAUAUUUUGCAGAGUAUGCAGAAAACAUUUCACAAGGAGAAAGUGCAAAAACCCUUUCUGAAGCAGCGAAGGAAGCUAAAGCAUUUGUUGUUGGGGGAUCUAUACCAGAACGAGAGGAUUCGUCGGGAAAGUUAUUUAAUACUUGUCUAGUGUACGAUACCGAAGGAAAUUUAAUUGCAAAGCAUCGCAAAGUUCAUUUAUUUGAUAUCAAUAUUCCAGGGAAGAUAAAAUUUCAAGAAAGUGAAACAUUGUCUCCCGGGAAUUCUUUGACACAAUUUGAAACUGAUUAUGGAAAGAUUGGAAUUGGUAUUUGUUAUGAUAUGAGAUUUCCGGAGAUGGCUAUGAUUGCUUCUAGAAAAGGAUGUAUUGCAAUGAUAUAUCCAGGAGCGUUUAAUCUUACAACUGGUCCAUUACAUUGGGAGUUAUUACAAAGAGCUAGAGCAGUCGAUAAUCAAUUUUUUGUGGCUACAUGUUCGCCUGCCCGGGAUAUGUCAGCGGCUUAUCAUGCAUGGGGACACUCUACUAUAGUUGAUCCAAGUGGACAAAUUCUUGCAACCACAGAGCAUGAAGAAGCGAUUAUUUAUGCUAAUAUUGAUGUGGAACAAAUUAAAGUAAUAAGACAAUCAAUACCAGUUCCAUCACAAAGAAGAUUUGAUUUAUAUCCUAAUAUAACUGCUAAUGAGUGAAUUUUCUGUAAUUACAAAAAAUAAAAAAAAAAUAAUAAAUUUUUCUUUAAUAUUACUAUUUGUUUUUUU